GAUAGUGUUCAAAUUAAAAAACUAUACCAUUGAUAUAUAAGUGUUUGAAUAUUAUUAAAAACAAAUGAGUAUUGUUUUGUCAGGCUUGACUUUUAUAUAAAAAUAUUUUGAUACAAAAAGAAAUAAGAUUGAAUAUGAAAUGCCAGAAUGCUACGGGAAGAAGUUUGUGAUGCCAUAUAUAUGGUAAUUCCAGAAGUUCCAAGGCUAGUACGGUUGUUUCAUACAUGGAGCAAUUUAGAUGCGAUUUCAAAAAUUCAUUUGGACAGGGAAGCUGAAUUAUGGACUUGCCCAAAAAAAUUAGAACUAUAUUUAGCAUUAACCGAUGCCUUCACUAAAUGGGAGAAUGUUCAAGCCACAGAAGGUGCUCCAGGAUGCGAUCCUCAAUCAUUCGAUUUUUCAACAAAUGCACAACUUGAACAAGAACUUUUGGGUAUGAUCCAGUAUUUAGAAGACAUGGUUAAUUUGUGCAGUGAUAAUAAUAGUUCAAAUCACAGACAAAUGAGAAUAAGGGGCAAGGAAGAAAAUUACAUGGAAAAAACUAAAAGAAAAUACUCAUCUGAGCAAUUUUUUGUGAAUGAAUCUCAUGGAGAUCAUUCUGGUUACAAAACAGAGUAAUUAAUAAUACACUGUUGUUAAGAUAUAACAAAUUGUGAAACAUA